AUGAAUAGAUUAAAUAAGUUUGCAUUUAGCAAAAAGCUAAAUAAAAUAAUUCAGACUGAAGCCGAUAGGGAAAGAAUAAGAAAACAGGUUGGAGAAUCUGGAACAUACGAAGAGAAUGGGAAGGCUUAUUACUAUAGGGAUGGCAAAAUAAACAAGCUCGAUUAUAUAAAGAAAGAAGAAUUGAAAUUACAAGCCAAAUUAGAUCCUUACAUACAAGACAAGGACACGAAAUAAUAAUUGCCCUUCUUAUUGAUUAGUGGACGUAAUAGCAUUUCUAAUAUUUUAGUUUUGGCUGUCUUCUUGGGAUCUGUGUUUUUGAGAUCAAUAAGGAAACCAAAGAAGUAAACAGAAGAGGUCGAUGAUUCCAAUUAUGAAGCCAACUAUUAAUAGGCUGUAAAAGAGUAGGAGGAGUAUGAUGAGAUGAUCAAACAGGAGAAAUUGAAAAAGUUUAGGGAGUAGGAGAAUAAUGAUAUGGAUAAUGACAAGAAAAAAAGAGAUUUUAAGUGA